AUGGCGGCUUAUGCAGCUCUAGUUUCUCUUAUGCAGACCAUCCAUCAGAUCGAGCAUCAUCCUUCGCCUCCGAUUUCUAUGGACAAAAAACAAGUUGAAUCUCUCACUGAGAUUGUUACGUUCUUGCAGGAAUUUCUUGAAGGUUACAAGUCUCCUUAUGCUGACAAAGAUGAAGCAGAUCCUUUGGAGAUGCGCAUCGCUGAUGCAGUUUAUGCGGCUGAAGAUGUCAUCGAAUCUCACAUUGUGGAACAGCUUCGUCCUGACGUCUUAGUCUUGUACGAGGCUUUGAGGGACGUGAUAGAAGACAUGGAUUUGAUCGUUGAAGUCAAAGAAGGUAUGCUGCUGAGACAAGUCUCAGAUAUCUCGAUAUCUUCCGCAGACACACACCCAGAUGAGAUUUUGGAGGAUUUGAUGCAAGACAUUGAAUUGGUAGAAGAAAGGGUGAUAAAACACAUGGAAUUGAUCUUAGCACUCAAAUAUCAUCUGCAGAGACAAGUCUCAGAUUCAUCAGACUUGUAUAAUACUGUGGUGAAGGUUAUACAACACAUGGAUUUCAUCAAGAAUGAAGUGAUGGAGAUUUUUGCAUUCAAAGAUCAACUGCAGAGACAAGUCUUGGCAUGUGCUGAUUCCAAAAUGUAUGAAUUUUAUCCCAAGACUGAGGUGAUGAAUUUCAUAGAAGACGUGAAUUUGCUUAAGAAUGAUGUGAUGGAGAUUUUUGCAUUCAAAGAUCAGUUGCAGAGACAAGUCUUGCCAUCUGCUUAUUCCUCCACAUAUGCAGACAUGGAUUUGGAUUUGAUCAACAAAGACAUGAUGGAGAUCAUUGCAAUCAAAGAUCAGCUAGAGAUACAAGUCUCAGCCUCUUCUGAUUCCUCAACAUCUGCAGACUGUCACGAGAGUUUGCAAAAGGUGAUUGAAGACAUGGAUUUAAUCAAGAAAGACGUGAAAGAGAUCGUUGCACUCAAAGAUCAUACACAAGUCUCCGGUGGUUCCUCAACAUCUUCUUUCUCUAGGCCAAACAGCACAACCAUGGUGGGCUUUGAUGAUGUCAUGAUUCAACUCAUGGAGAAGCUCAUUUACGGACAAUCCGGUCGCCAAGUCAUCCCAAUCGUAGGAAUGGGAGGUAUUGGUAAGACUACUCUUGCCACAAAUGUUUAUACGCAUCCAUCUAUAGGUGACCAUUUUGAUAUAUGUGCUUGGGUUACCAUUUCUCAACAAUUUAGCUUAAAAGAACUUUUUGGUGAAAUUCUUUUUCAAGCUAAUAAACAAAGGUCGGGUGAAAUGAGAGAAGAUGAAAUAGGACUAUCACUCCACAAAUUUUUAUCAUAUAGAAGGUAUCUAAUUGUGUUGGAUGAUAUGUGGAGUAUUGAGGCAUGGGAGAAGCUACAUCGCUAUUUUCCUGAUAAUAGCAAUGGUAGUCGGGUAAUGGUGACAACUAGGCUAUCAAAUUUGGGAUCUCAAUUGGAUAACAAUUGUGGCCUUGAAAUGAAGUUUAUGGAUGAGAAAAGUAGCUGGAAUAUGUUUUGCAAAAUUGUAUUUGGGGGAAAAACUUGUCCUUUGGAAUUGGAAAAAAUUGGAAAGAAGAUUGUGGAGAGUUGUAAAGGACUUCCAUUAUCAAUUGUUGUGAUGGGAGGUCUUUUGGAAAAAAUGGAACAAACAAAAAAAUGUUGGAAAUCUAUUAAGAGAAGCAUGAGUUCAUUAGUGAAUUUGGAGAAUGACAUGCAUUGCCUAAAAAUACUGAAGUUGAGCUACAACCAUUUGCCCGUUUAUCUUAAGCCUUGCUUUCUAUAUCUGGGAAUGUUUGAGGAGGAUAGUAAAAUUAGAGUCUCGAGACUCAUCAAGCUAUGGGUUUCUGAAGGAUUUGUAAAACCAGUAAAGGACAAAAGUUUGGAAAUAAUAGUUAAAGAGUACUUAGAUGAACUAGUUGCGAGAAAUCUAAUUCUUGUUCACGAGUUUGGGGGAACUGGAAGCAUGAAGUACUUGAAAAUCCAUGAUUUGUUGAGGGACCUUUGCUUGAGAGAAGCUGAAAAGGAGAGGUUUUAUCAUGUGGUCGGGCAUCAUAAUCCUCUAGGCACGUCUAGCCAACGUCGUGUAGUUAUUCCGAGAAGCACUUCGGAGAAGGAAGUCCUUGAUGCCAUGAGAUCUACACCACAUGUGCGUUCCUAUAUAAGUGAUUAUGAAAGAGUUCAAUUGUUGCCCAAUUUAAGAUUGUUGACGACAUUGCGAGUGCACGACAAAUUUUCUCAUUCAAAACAACAUGAGUAUUCCCUGAGAGAAUUGUUCAAGUCGGUUAAUUUGAGGUUUCUUGCUGUUUGUCAUAGACAAGGUUCCCCAACUUCCUUCUUCAAUCAAUCUCCUCUGGAGCCUUCAGACAUUAAUUAUUCAUCCUCCACCAUACAUGAAUUUCAACAUGAAUGCACCGGUUGA